AGCAGAACAGAAACAAAAAACAAAAUAAGACGAAGAAGCAAAAAAGAAACAGAUCCACCGAAGAAGCAGAACAGAAACAAAAGGAAGAAGAAGACGAAGAAGCAAAAAAGAAGAAGAAGAAGAAAGGGGUUAAGCCGGUGAAGACGGCGACAGCGGCGUAUCAAAUCCACCGUUCGAAAUGGGUUGGAAAGCGGCUCAGAAACUCAUUAGGCAUUGGAAGAUUGUCAGAGGAGAUAAUGUUAUGAUUAUAAGGGGCAAAGACAAAGGUGAGACGGGUCUUAUUAAGCGUGUAAUUCGCUCGCAGAAUCGGGUUAUUGUUGAGGGCAAGAAUUUGGUAAAGAAACAUAUUAAACAAGGGCAAGGUCAUGAAGGUGGGAUCUUUACAGUUGAAGCACCACUGCAUGCGUCAAAUGUUCAAGUUGUUGAUCCAGUGACUGGGAAGCCUUGUAAGGUAGGAACUAGGUAUCUUGAAGAUGGCAGUAAAGUAAGAGUAUCUAGAGGUUUGGGAGCAUCUGGUUCCAUAAUACCUCGUCCAGAGAUCUUGAAGAUAAGGACAACGCCGAGGCCUACAGUUGCUGGUCCCAAGGAUACGCCAAUGGAUCUCGUGCUGGAGAAGACUUACGAUUCUAAAACAGGGAUGGGCAUGCCAAGCCUCUAGGAAAACUAUUUUCUUGCUCAAAUAUCUGGGGAGACAUUAAACUCAAAGAUGUUGCAGAACUUACGAGUUCAUGUUAGUUCUCUUUUAUAUGGUGAAUGAUUGAGAACUCUGCUACCUCUUUGUUAUUAUUGAACCGAUGAAGUCUAUGUUCAAUGGCCGGAAUGCUUUUCAA